AUGCAUGCGGUUAGUUUACAAGGUGCUGCCACUUGUUUAUUAACGGCUGCUCGUACACUAACGGCUAAUAAUAACAGUCAUUUAGAAAAUGAAAAAGAAGAGCAACGUGAAUUAGAUUUACUUCGAGAGUUUAAUUCAGGAGCAAAAAAAGACAAGAAUCAACAUCAAAAUGAUGCUAAAGAUUUUGUCUUGGGAUAUUUUAAUUCACUUAUUGAAAAUGAUCUUAUGUUAAAAUCAUUUUUGAAACCGGGAGCUUUAGAUCCAAAGAGACUUGCCACCGCUAAAUCAUCAGCAACAACAAGUGGUAAAAAGAAAAGUAAAAAAAAACGCAACAGAAUAAAAAAACCUGUUGAUCCAAAUGCGCCAAAAAAACCCGCUAGUGCAUUUCUCCUUUACCAAAAAGAUGUUCAAGAACAAAUACGAAAAGAAUUUCCUGAAACUAAAUGGAACGACGUUUUGCGUAUUAUUAGUCAACGAUGGCAAAAUCUUUCAAACGAUGAAAAAAAGAUAUACGAAACCAAAUUUCAACAAGCAAGACAAAUCUUUGAGGCGGAAUAUAAAACUUAUAUGGAAAAUAAAGAUAAUUUACCACCGGCUACGUCAGGGGUCAUUGAAGAAGUUAAUGAAGAAGAAUCUUCAAGAACGGCAAAUAAGUUAUCAAGCCGAAAAUCAAAAUCUCACGAAUAUUAUGCAAAUUCUAAAGCACAAAAUAAUAGCAGUGAUGCUGGUGUUAAUAGUAGUGGUAGCAGUAGCAGUACAUCGAAGAAACGUAAAGAUGUUGUAGACGAUAGCGAGGACAAUUCUACAAGUCCUAUUAAAAAGUCAAAGAAGGAAAAGAAUAAGGAUGAAGAUGAAGAUUCUGUUUAUAAUUCUUCAAAUAGACAAAGUAACAAAGAUCAAAGUAAUAGUGAGAAUUUACAUAGGUCAUCAAAAGAUAAAUCUAAAGAUAAAAAAAAAAAGAAACCAAAAGAUAAAACAACGAUAAAAUCCAUAAAUUAA